UUUGUUCCUCGGAGGCUGCAGCUCAGCACAUCCAGCCAAAUUCAAGUCUUUGUGCGUCAGCGCAUGUUUCUGUGGGCGAGGACACAUAUGGUGAUGAGACUGAGCACACGUGUUAUUGUCGCCUCCUACAAGUUAAUCUCUGAAGAGGAGGUGUGGUUGCCUCCUUCUUUUGGAUCCCAAAACUGAAUAUUCAACAGCGUUUUGCCUCAAGCUUUUCAAUCGAACAACAGUGUUGACUGAGAAACAUCCUCUGGUGGUUCGAUUUUGAUACUUUACCUGGCUUUGGUCUUCUGACAUCUCUCUGAAAUGAGUUUCAGCAAUGAUAUGGAUGAGACAGAAGAGGGGAGCAACAUAGAGUUCGAGAGCGUGGAGAUGAAUAAGCUUCGCCAGAGCCUGUGCAAGAAGAAGCCCUCCUACAUGCCGGAGGCCAGCCGGCCGCACCAGUGGCAGGCCGACGAAGAGGCUGUACGCAAGGGCAAAUGUAAUUUUCCUGUCCGGUACCUCGGUCUGGUGGAGGUCGACGAGUCCAGAGGGAUGCAUGUGUGCGAAGACGCAGUGAAAAAACUGAAAGUGAGUGGAAAAAAAACUGUCAAGGCUGUGCUUUGGGUGUCUGCCGACGGCUUGAGAGUAGUAGAUGACAAGACCAAGGACCUCAUUGUUGACCAGACCAUUGAGAAGGUGUCCUUCUGCGCACCUGACCGUAAUUAUGAUAAGGCAUUCUCCUACAUCUGUCGUGAUGGUACGACUCGUCGCUGGAUCUGCCACUGCUUCAUGGCCUUGAAGGACUCGGGCGAACGUUUGAGUCAUGCGGUGGGAUGCGCCUUUGCCGCUUGCCUCGAGCGGAAGCAACGCAGAGAGAAGGAGUGCGGGGUCACGGCUUCCUUCGAUGCAAGCCGCACAUCGUUUGUGAGGGAAGGCUCCUUCCGCGUCUCCUCUGCUGGACAGCAAAGUGACCGGGAGGACAUCAUGAAACAACAGCAGGUCAAAAAGAAAGAAGCAUGCAGCAUUUCUGCAGUGCCUCCUGGAAACGCUUCUCCUCCAGAGGGAGCGGCUUCACCGGGGGAUCGAGGAGAACCAGGCGGGCCUCACGCCAUCCCGCGCCGACACGCUCCUAUCGAGCAGCUGGUGCGCCAGGGCUCGUUCCGCGGCUUUCCACAUCUAAGCCAGAAGAACUCGCCUUUCAAACGCCAGCUCUCACUACGCUUGAAUGAUCUCCCAUCAAACCUGCAGCGCAAGACGGACUUCCAGACCAAGAACCCGGUUCCAGAGAUGGAUCUGUCAGUGGCAGGAGAGGCGGACAGCUUAAACGCUCUGUGCAGCCAAAUCAACAGCUCUUUCACCAAACCUUCUGAGGAUCAGUGUGCCAAAGCCACCAACAACUGCUUACCAGUUUACAGCGCUCCACCUGCCAUUCCUCCACCACCUGCUCCACUGCAAGCUACAAACUCAUGGGUUCAGACAGAGCCUGCUGUCCAGUCCCCUCCGCCCGUUCCUCAGGGUGGCCACAAACGAACCCCGUCCGAAGCAGAACGCUGGCUGGAGGAGGUGGCUAAAGUGGUGAAAGCCCAGCAGCAGACUCCACCAACCCUACCACCACCACCACCCAAUCAGCAACCUCCGCCCGUGCCCACAAUGCCCAUCGCCCCCGGCUCCCUCCCCUCCUCCAUGCAACCAUUCCCAAUGGCCUUUGACGUCACUCCUGCACCCGUAGGCAUGUUCGCCCAACAGCCUCUUCAACCGGCUUUUGUACCUAUGCAGCCAUACAUGCCCAGUCUGGCCAACAGCAUGACCUAUCCCAAUGCCAGUGUGCCCGUGGUGGGCAUCACACCGUCGCAGAUGGUGGCUAAUGUAUUCUGCACUGCGGCCGGGACAGGGGGUGGUGGAGCGGCGAUGGGGCUGAAGACAGGAACUCUUGGGGGUGGCCAACAAUCGGCUUUCCCCACACUUUCCGGAGGCUUCCCAACCACCGCAUUCACCCCUCCUCCAACCGUCAACGGCCACGCCCAUAACUCCUUUCCAGCAACAACCAUCACUACGGGUGUAACACAAAACGGUAGUACCGUAAAAAGUGCUACUGGUUGGCCCAUGGAGAGUCUAAAUCCGAAUCCCAUGGGCAGUUCCCAAGAAGCGGAGCAUUUUGAAGCAAAGUGGGCUGCUCUGGAGUCCAAAUCACAACCGAAGGCGCAAAACCCUUUUUCGAACGACUUACAAAAGAAUUUUGAGAUUGAACUAUAAUCUUAAGGAGACUCUGAAAGAGGCUGAACUAUUUCACACCCCAUUAACCCUUGCCUUGUUUUGUCUCCUAAAGGGGUGUCUUAUGCUCCUGGUCUGUUUGAGGGCAUUGGUUGUUGUAAGAGAUUAUUCGGUUGCAAUUUGCGUCAAUUCGAGAAUCAGGAGAACAGAAAGACCGUCAGAACACCUUUGGCACUUACAAGACAGCUUGAAAGAAGAACCUGCACAGUACUUUGACCAGUAAUGACCCAUGCUUGGAAAAUGAAUGGAAUUCUGAAAUUAGGGGAUGGUCGAAAUUUAUUUAUUGUUUGCCCUUACUUAUUUAUAUUGAACAGGAAGAAGAAUUAAAAGGGGAAUGUAUUGGCUACUUGAAAACUUGAUUCACCAAAUUAUGAAUAGAGUUACAUUAUCUAGAAUAACUCUGAGUUUACAUUGUGGUGUAAAUAGCAUGCUUUCAGUUUCUUUAUCGAUUGGCCAUUUCUGUUGCCAUUUGAAUUUUAUUAAUUCCAAAUGAAUCAUUGAAGCAUCUGCUUUGAACCAAGUGGAUACCAAAAGUUUCACCAACAGACACAUUCCAACCCUGAUUAUACAACCGAGUCCCAACAUGCAAUGGAAAACUAGACCUAAAUGCCACUGCAGUGACCUCUUUUAAUUGUAUAAUCUGUUUAGCCAGACCUGUUCAAAUAUAUGAGUUUGAUCAACCUUAAAAUUAUCUUCAGUGGGUUCAUGGGGCUUCUCAAUUGUUAGGAAUGUAUUUCAGAAACUCCGUGACCAUGCUAGGGCGGCAAAAUGACUAAAUGUAUUCGAAUGGGUGGUAUUGAAGAGCAAGUGUAAGAAAAUAUUAGAAAACGGUUAAAGAUGCAGGUUAUAGUGUUUGUUCUUUGCAAGCAAUGGAACAACUACAUGGACUUUUACAUUGGUCCCGUUCACGCAUGCUUAAACUAUUCCAUAUUACAGUAUGUUAAAACAUUGAAUAUGCAUAUUAGUCUUGACUUUUGUUUCUUAUCGCCACUUUUUCACUCGCUCUGGUCUGAGAAAGGGAAUAAUUGUCUUUAAUUGCAGGCGAAUAAUGACACACACACACACACACACUACAUAAUAAGAUCUCAUGCAGUUGUUGUAAAAAUAGAUUUGGAUUCUGCUCAUUCAAGAGGUUCAUAUGUUCCCAUCGUGGCACAUUUAUCGUUCAGUAAUUCUCAAUGGUUGUAUUUUUGUUUUCUUUGGAAACUGUCAUCCAACCGUACAAAUACGAUGCUGAAUGAUCUUUCUGGAGUGUGUGGAGCCUGCAGGAGUCAAAGCUAGACGAUCAAAGUCCGACUGCACACUGUGCUCUUCCUCUGGAGAUGUAAUAGCAGUGGACAUUCAAGGCAGGCACAAUGUUUUUAACUCAAAAGGCCAUUUUGACCGUCAUGUGUUGUAAACCUCCCGGUUUUGUUUAUUAGAGGGUGAAGCGGGUCUAUUGUGCACAAUGAAUCUAAAAAUAGUCAUUUUUCCAAAGAGAAUGCAUUUGUAAUUUGGCAAAGCAAUAUGUUGUAUGGCAUCAAAUGGAUGAAUAUAAUAUACUCAAUUGCCCUGGCUCUUUUAGUUCACACUCCCCCCUUGACAAACCAGGGAACUAAAUUACCUCAUGAAGUUGAUUGUAAACAUUAAUGUAGUGAUUACAAACCAGUGGAGAUUAUUUUUAAUCUUUAUUUACAGACUUUUGUAUUUAAACGUACAUAUUUCUAUUGUAAUUACAUUGUAUAAAAGAUAAAUAAAUAAUAUAAUAUAAACAAUG